AUGGGCCAUCACGGGACGAUCCAUAUAUUCGCUGUCGAAGACUGCAAAAAGAACAAACAAUCGAGUUCAAAGUGGAGUUUCUCUCGAUUCCAAGUGCCGGUCGGCGCUCAUUGUAUUUGUGCCUUCGGCGCGGAUCCAAACUCUGUGAUCGUGAUCUGUGCGGACGGCAGUUAUUACAAAUUCUUAUUCAACUCGAAGGGCGAGUGCUCUCGGGAUGUGUUUCUCAAGUUUCUGGACAUGACUGACGAGGAAUCAAAUUAA